AUGGCUUGGUCUAGGAUCGCCAGGAGCUCGCAGCUGUCGCAGUCACUCUCGAGGAUCGCGUCCGAGGGCGGUGUGCCCACCCCGGCGGCGUCCGCGCUGCGCAAUGCGGCAACGCUGGGGCCACGGAGCCGCCACGCCGCGUCGUUGUUCCACAGCCUCGCGUGCAUCGGCCUCGCCGACAAGUGCGGCGCGGGCGCGGCGGGCCAUCUCUACGGCCCGAGCAGAAGCAUCAGCGCGACCCCUGCGAGGCUGCUCCCCGCGGCAGCAGAGCCCGUGGCGGCGGAGUACUCCGAUACCGAGGACCCCGCUGAGGCAAUGGCGGCGUUGCCGGAUCUGGGCCCAACGGGCCUCAAGAACAAGCCCCGCGUGGUGGUGCUCGGCUCCGGGCGGGCGGCGUGCCGGUUCCUCAAGGAUGUUGACACCUCCGUCUACAACGUGGUGUGCGUGUCCCCGAGGAACCACAUGGUGUUCACGCCGCUGCUUGCGUCGACGUACGUCGGCACGCUGGAGUUCCGGUCCGUGGUGGAGCCCGUCAGCCGCAUCCAGCCGGCGCUCGCCACCCGCCUCGGAUCAUACUUCUUCCUGGCCAACUGCACCGACAUCGACACGCGGAAGCACGAGGUGUACUGCACGGUGGCGGCCGGAGACGAGCAGCUGCCCACCAACCCCUACCGCUUCAGGGUGGCCUACGACAAGCUUGUGAUCGCCAGCGGCGCCGAGCCGCUCACCUUCAACAUCAAGGGCGUCCAAGAGAACGCAAUCUUCCUCCGCGAGGUGAACGAGGCGCAGCAGAUCAGGCGCAAGCUCCUCACCAACCUCAUGCUGUUAGCUCCCCAUCAUUGCUUGUGA